GGCUCUGGUGUUGUGCCAGCACUAUUAUGCAUCGAACAACACAACAUGGACGAAUUUAUAAAAACGCUAAUUGCUGAGGUCAAGUCCCAGGGAGUUUUCGACGAGUUUCGUUUCAACUGUUGCCUGGCGGACGUGGACACGAAGCCGGCCUACCAAAAUGUGCGCACCCGCGUGGAGACAGCGGUCAACGACUUCCUGGCCAAGCAGCACUGGACGCCAGACACCAACAAGGUGCAACUGCGGGAGAGGCUGCGCAAGCACCUCCUAGACUCCGAGGUGCUGGACAAGGGCGUCGACCAAAUUGUGGACCAGGUGGUCAACCCCAAGGUCGCCACCAUAUUCGAGCCAAAGAUCGAGAGCAUCGUCUACAAGUACCUGGGCAUCACCCCGCCCCCGCCACCGCCGAGGCCUACAGGGCCUCUGUUGCCCGCUCCUCCUUUGCCGCCAUUUGCUGGCCACAUGAACGGCAGCAGCCUGCUCAGGGUGGAGACUGGCGCUGAUGGGCUGAUGCCCACCGACCUCGAACAGAUCAGUCCGGACUCGGACCAGGCCACUAUCAAGUCGGAGCUGAAGGAAGAGAGUAAGGACGACGAUCUGCCACCCGGAGUCGACGACGAGAGGAACUCUGACGAGGACACGUCACCUUCGUACGAGCCGUUGAGCGAAGAUAAACCUGGCACGAGUAAAGAGCUAAACAACGGAUUGCUGAAUCAUUCGGACUCGAUCAAUGGUGUGUCGCAGGCGUCGCAGCUCUCGCAGGUGUCCAGUGACAGCCGCCUCACGAUUGCCUCCUCUUCGGGAUCCGUGGCGGAGGCACAGCGCGCUGCGCACUCCACCAACAGCGUGGAGCUGAUAGCCAACAUGCCCGCCAAUAUAUCGGAGGAGGCGCAGAUGCCAAAGUUUAGCGAGAACUCCAGCGAUGCGAGUGUCGCUGUCGGAGUGGACAACGGCAGUCGACAACUGCACUUUGAUAUUAAGCAGGAUGCAAUUACCUUCGAGGGCACUGAACGAAGAAGUUCCGUGUCGGGCUCGAACGGUGGUCCACUCGAACUCUCAAUUGAAGAUGCCAUUAUGUCGGAGGUAAAAGCGAAUAUAGACGAUGCCAACAAUGCCGGCAUCGAGCUAAAGUAUGUUCAACAACCACCACUACCACCAUUACCAAAAGCUGAGCCGGAGCCCGUUCAACCACCAGCACCUCCAGAUGUUGAGCCGGAACCUGUACAGCCGCCACCACCACCACCACCACCGCCACCGCCAGAACUAAAGGAGGAACCUGCACAGCCACCAGCACCCCCAGAAAUCAAGUUGGAACCUGUGCAGCCAUCACCACCUCCAGAAAUAAAACUGGAACCUGUACAGCCACCAACACCACCAGAACUUAAGACAGAACGAAAACCAUGUCAAAUCGUAGCGCCACCUGCAGAAAGCAGCAUUGCAUCCCUUUCAGAAGCUGUUGUUCAGAAUGCCGAACCGAUGGAAUGUAAUGGUCCCUUAAAGCAGGAGCUCCAGGAAUCGCAGACCGAGGUAGGUGAAGUCAAGGAAGAGAAACCGAAAGUAUUUGCGCUCCCAGAAGAUGCUGAAGCACCCAAAGCAGAGGUCACCAAAGCCUGUGAAUCCACAGCUUCGCCUUCUUCACAGUCCAAGAGUAGCUCACGGAAUAAGGACAAAGAUAAGGAACGAAGGAAUCACAGUCACUCCGAUGAUAAGCAGCGGCGCAGGAGCAGAGAUCGAGAUCGCGACCGUGACCGCGAUCGCAGUCGGGACAAAUCGCACAGCAAACAUUCCUCAAGCUCCAGUUCCAAGCACUCCUCAUCGCGCUCAUCCAGCUCGCAGCACAGAAGCAGUAGCUCAAAAAACGACAGGAGUUUUACGAGCUCAUCGAGCAAAAGUCAUCGGGAGUCAUCCUCCUCCAAGCGGACGUCCUCCACGUCCUCUUCACGCCACGAGUCCUCUUCCUCCUCCUCGCACAAGAAACACAAAUCAAGUUCAUCUUCGUCGCGCUCGGAUCGGGAUAAGGAUAGGGAAAGGGAGAGUCACAGUAAGAGCCACCACAGCAACAGCAGCUCUUCGUCCUCAUCCAAGAGGAAAGAACAAGGCCGGGGCCGAGAUCGUGAUCGAAAUAAACCUAACAGCGCCACGACAGCACCGAUUCAGGAUGAUCACACAGAGAGCAAGGUGAAGUUAAAUAAGCGCAGGAGCUCCGACUCCAACGAUGAGGGGAAACCUCCUAGCUCGGGUUGUCCACCAAAGAGCUCCCGGCCAGAGGUGGCACCGGAUAAAGUGGGCGAGUCGGUGGAGAAUGCCAAUGGCACAAACGGCAACUCCAAUUAUAACAGUGGUAGCAAUGGCGCCUGUGACAGUGCGUCCACUGUCAGCAGUGGGGUCGUCAUCGUCAGCGACAUACUGCAGCAAUCAUCGAGUAGCUUCAUUGAACUGACAGCUGGUUCCCAGACCCAGAAGGAGGAAGAUAGCAAAAAGGACGAGGUGGUUGAAAAAAUUGUAGAUCAGACUGAGGAGCCUGCUACCCAAGAGGAUCGGUUAAGUGCAGAACCUCAAAAUCCUGAAAAGGCUGAAUCCGUACCGAAUUCUCCUGACAAGGAAUGCAAUCACGGUGAUGGACCAGAAGAGCCAUUAGCUGAAGCUGAGUGUAUAUCAGCGGCUCCUGCAGAAACCGGAACCUCAGAACCUUCUGGGGCAAUCUUAACAGAGGCUAUUCAGAAAGAGGCUGUGAAACCAGAGAAUAUGCCCGCUACACCAGUUCUUAGCUCCAGUGAUGAUGAACCAGCUGAAGACCUUGUAACCCACUUUGAAGAAAACGCUGAUGAGUUUACGCACCGUUUGCAACUUAUCAAUAGACUAAUUGAGGAUGGCCAGAAUCUGGUGAACCAGCUUAGCGAGGACAAUGCCCAGGUAGAGGCCUCUCACAUACGUGAGAUUCGCAGGAGAACAGUCAAGCGUAGAUGUAACAGCCUCCAGGAUCAGCCUCAAGUCGUAAGGGAAUCGACACCACCACCGCUAUUUGCCAGCCUGGGUAGUAGUAGUACCUUUGGCAGCCCCACGAAAAGGCUCCGACGGGAAGAACCGAAAUCAUCGCCCACGCCCUCUGAGGCAAGCGUCAACUCAAAGGAGAAUGAGGCUCUCGAGAAGCAGGAGCACGCUGUGUGUGAGGUUAACCAAAUCUAAGCCGUGCUGGGUAAGCGCCUCUCCACGCGACUUCCGGUUGCCGACGCUGUGAGAGUGAUUCCGCGAACAGUGAUUAAUGAGCUUGUUUAUUCUGCAGACGCUUUGAACGCCCGCCGAUUCAGCCAGAAGCUCUGCCAGCAGCAAAGGUACACCAAUGAUGAUCUCU